CUCUCAUUCACUCACCCACUAGUACACACCCGCAUCCAACGACACAGCUACAACUACAAUUUCGAUCACCACUGAGAUGUACCAGUGCUCGCUCCUGGUCGAAAUCGCGUCCAAUUCAUUGACACGAAUGUCCCCCCACCCGAAUGCCCUUCCAGCGAAGGUGGGGAUCGCUCACUCGAAUAUAAAUUCGUCCUGUUGGCUUGUGCGUUUGUCGCAAAUGAACGGCGUGCUGAGUAUUGGUCUCUCCGUGAGCUAUGAACAUGCCCAUGAGAUGGACCUGAGCAUUUUCAAGAGGUUGUAUAUCACGAACUCUGUCGAUCGAAAUCGGUGGACCGAUGUGAUGAUCGAACCCGGGGCCUUGCUUGAAGGACGUAUUUUUUACGCAUCCGUCUUUCCGGACUUGGUGCGAGUCCAGAACAGAUACAGCUUCAGACUCUCGCUUUUGGAUGAUGAUAUCCGCAGAAGCCCGAUCGAGCCACUCUGGGCGGACUUUAGUAUGCAUGCGGUGGCUUCCAUGCUUCAGAACCGAGCUGCGUCGAACGUGUCCUUUGUCCUUCCAGGACCUACAGAGCACUAUUCCGUCAAGGCCGUCGUCUCCGCCAACCGUGCCAUGCUCAUGUGCAAUCCGUAUCUUCUGAACAUUAUCGACCAGGUCGCCCAGAACCAAGCCGCGAGAGCGGACGUGUCCGAAGCUCUUGCGGAUAUGUUGGACAUGGUCAUGAAUUUGGACGACACUUCAAGAACCGUGACCGCAGCUGCGAAUGAGACCGAAGGAGAUGAUAACGGCGGCGACGACGGCGACGACGAUGACGACGAUGACUGGGCCAUGGAGGAUGAUGACUAUAAGGCUCCGCCUUCGGAAGACGAAUCGGAUGAGGGCUCUGGCUCGUUCCACAGCGAGGACUGCUAUGACGAUGCACACACUAUACUUUCCAAGUACAAGCCGAUGUGUAUCCCCGUGAGUGUCACGCCUAUCGAUCAGCUCCCGAGUCGCAGCCCUUAUGCUCCCCCCCACCAUUCGACUUCUGAAUUCACGGUCGAUUCGGACUGCUCGCUCUCGACGCUCUGUGUUGUCCUCUGGUUCGCCUAUACGGGCCACAUCGAACGAUGGGUGGAUCCGGCCAGAUUCUUGAUCACGACCUACGAUACGGUCCCCCAGCAGGAUCCCACGACCACGAGCGGACAAAUGCUCAACAUCCGCCGAUGGGACCAGCUGGCGCGCUGCCCGUUCUUGCUCCCUAGAGCUAGCUGGGAGGACAUCUACGUCUGUGCCACGCGGUUCGGGUUCAUUCUGCUACAGGAUCACUGUGAAGGAAUUAUCAUGAAGACGAUGGAUCCGUGUUCCGCUGCGAGGUUGUUAUUCAGGACCUGGGGACGGGGGGCCGGAUUUGCAAGGGUCCAGGGGCGGGCGCUGGAUAUCUUGGCGUGGGAUCCGAUUAUGCCGUAUCGGGGUGAGGCGUCAUACGAUCAGAUUGUGAAUGAAAUCAAGAAGAGGAGGGGGCUGCUUGAACGAGAUGGUAGAAUGAGAGGGUGAAGAGAAGGGAGAGGAAGAGAGAAAGUUGGGGAGGCUGACUUUUGAGGGAAGACGAGGGAAAGAGGAGGGAGUUUGAGGAUUGCGAAAACAUGGCACGCGGGCCGCGGUUGAGAGAGAGAGAGAGAGAGAGAGAGAGAGAGAGAGAGAGAGAGAGAGAGAG